AUGACCGCCCCCGUCGAUCCACCGGUGUUGGAAAAGCCAACAGCCCUACUCAACGGCAAUGACCUCUCACGUGUACCCGCAACAGAGCUACCCGAGCUCGCCAACGGCUUCGAUGCCCUCAGGCAAGCCGCCGCGGCAGCUGCCUCGAACGGCCGCGUCACGGACCCCUUCAAGCUGAACCCCGAGUUCGCGUACACCCCCAAGAAAGUCAAGGUCAUCACCAUCGGCGCCGGGUUCUCCGGUCUCUUGAUCGCGCACAAGUUCCAGCACCGCUUCCCAGAGAUGCGGGAUAUCGUCGAACACACGAUAUUCGAAGCUCGCUCUGAUGUUGGUGGGACUUGGCUUGCGAACAACUACCCCGGGGUGCAGUGUGACGUCCCUGCCCACAUCUACGCCUUCCCUUUCGAUCCUAACCCCGACUGGGAGAGGUUCUACGCCAGCGGUGCCGACAUCCUCAACUACAUCAAGCACACGGUAAAGAAGUGGAGUCUAGAUCGCGACCUCCAACUCAACACGAGAGUCGUCGGGGCCUGGUGGCAAGAUGACUUGGGCCAGUGGAAGGUCAGGGUGGAGAAGGACGGCCAGCAGCGCGACGAGUUCUGCCACGUUUUAAUUUCGUCUCAAGGUGUCCUGGUCCACGAGAACUGGCCCGACAUCCCAGGUCUUCGCGAUUUCAAGGGCCACAUCACCCACUCCGCCAGAUGGGACCACAGCUACGACUACUCCAACAAGAGGAUCGCCGUGAUUGGCAACGGUUCCUCCGGCAUCCAGAUUGUCCCCCAGAUGGUGAAGCUCCCCGGCACGGAGGUAACCAACUUCAUCAGAGGCCCCUCGUGGGUGUACUAUCGUGCGCCGCCCUCCAAGCACUUGGGUCGUGACGACGCCGACCCGAACCCGAGAUAUACCGACGAAGAGAGGAAGCGAUUCCAUGAUCCCGACUACCACCUCCAACACCGCAAGGGUAUCAUCCACAGGACGAACAAGUCCUUUUACAUCUUCGUCAAGGGCCAGAAUAACGAGGAGGGCAUGAAGCUCGCGGCGGACCAGAUGGCUGAGAAACUCAACCACGAUCCCGUCUUGUGCGAGAAGCUCAUCCCGAAGUGGGAGCUUGGGUGCCGUCGGAUUACACCCGGCCCUGGAUAUCUUGAGUCUUUCCUCAAGCCGAACUGCCACCUCACGAACAGCGGCAUUACGAAGAUCACUGAGAACGCUGUCCACACGGCCGAUGGGAAGGUCCACGAGGUCGAUGUCAUCGUCUGCGCCACUGGUUUCGACGUCUCCCAUCGUCCCCGCUUCCCCAUCGUAGGCCUCAACAACGUCGACCUCCAAAAAGCCUGGGCCGAAGACCCCGAGUCCUACAUCUCCGUCGCCGUCCCCAACAUGCCCAACUACUUCAUGAUGAUGGGCCCCAAUUGCCUCGGCGGCCACGGCUCCCUGGUCGAGUCCCUUAACUGGACCGGCGACUACUUCGUCAAGUGGAUCAAGAAGAUGGCCACCGAGGAUAUCAAGUACGUCGUGCCCAAGCAGGAUAAGGUCGACGACUUUAUCAGGUACUGCGAUGAGAUUCACAAGACGCUCGUUUGGACUGGUUCUUGUAAGAGUUGGUAUAAGAGAAAUCGUGUCGAUGGGCGUGUUACUGCUCUUUUUGGUGGGAGCGCUCAUCUUUUUAAUCGCAUGCUGAGUGACAUCCGCGGUGAGGAUUUCGAAAUCAAGUAUAAUACUGCAAACUCUUUCAGGUUUAUGGGCAAUGGAUUUACGGAGUACGAGAUGGAUCCCGACAGCGAUUUGGCGUGGUAUGUCGAGAAGGCCGAGACUUUGGAAUUGCAGUAA